GUAUGAGGCUAUAGCCUUUGUGUGCUGACUACUUGUUAAGGAGUCUUGGACAUGGCAAAAUUGUGGGAACCCCCUAAAGCUUCUGCAUGAAAGACUCAUCUUGAAGACGCAGAGGGUUAAUUUCAAGCCCCCACCACCACCACCCACAUCUCCAAUUUGAAAGCCGCCUCUCUACCGGGAGAGGAAGGCUCUUUUUCGGUCAGAUGGCGUGCUGCAGUCCGCCCCCGUCAUUCUCCAGCCCACACAGACAGGGCAGCCAGCAACCAAUACGGUGCGCCGGAGGAGGAUUUCUGCCAGUGAUUUCAGACGAGGUACGAUACGCAAAGGGGAUUUACUACGCCAAUCCGAGCCGGGGACGCUUUCGGCAGUGAGCAGCGGGUUCCAGUCCGGGACUAACUGUGACAUCGGGUGGUUGGAGAGACACAGCUCUGCAAAUACGUCGGUCCCCUCAGUGAACAUCUGACUGCCUGACCUGAAGAAGUGCUGUGUGCCAUGUCUCUGCCACGCACACUCGGGGAGUUGCAGCUCUAUCGGGUGCUGCAGAGGGCCAACCUGCUGGCCUAUUAUGAAACCUUCAUCCAGCAGGGUGGUGACGACGUGCAGCAGCUCUGUGAGGCGGCGGAGGAGGAGUUCCUGGAGAUCAUGGCACUAGUUGGCAUGGCCACCAAGCCACUGCACGUGCGUAGGCUGCAAAAGGCCCUCCGAGACUGGGCUGCAAACCCUGCGCUUUUCAGCCAGCCUGUCUCCAAUGUCCCUCUUGGGGGCAUUCCACUGUUCAAAGUGGACGGGACAGGCGCCAGCGGACCAGCAGGCGGGCCCAGGAAGUCCGUGAGCAACGGGCAGCCGGGGUCUCCUUGUGAAAGAGAGGAUCGGGCGUGUCUUACUCCAAUGCACAGUGGGAGUCCAAGAAGCCCUUGCUCCCAGGCCUCCCCACAGCCACCUGACACACACUACAGGGAAAAACUGUCGCCCAUGGACCCACACUGGCUCAGCCCAGAGCCCGAUGGGAACUGCACUUUGGCUUCUGCAUCCGGAAUAGAGGAGGAGCCGCCCAGCCCGCCUCUGCUGUCGGCGUGCCCCCCGGGUCCCUCCACAUCUCCGAGCCCAUCUGCUUCCUUCACCCCAGCAACCCUGUCAGCCUGGCCCGGAGGACAGCUGGACAACGAGACAGCGAAGGCAGUGGUGGAGAGCGUGGAGAGGCUCCUCAGGACCCUGCCCAGGUCGGAUCCCGCAGAGGUGAAGACUCUGCUUAGGAUGAACAAGAAGAUGGCAAAGACUGUAGGGCACAUCUUCAAAAUGGGGUCCCAGGAUGCGAACAAGGAAGAAGAGAUCCGGAAGUACAGUCUCAUCUAUGGACGCUUUGACUCCAAGAGGAGAGAAGGGAAGCAGCUCACUCAUCAUGAGUUGAUCAUCAAUGAGGCUGCAGCCCAGUUUUGCAUGCGCGACAAUGCACUUUUGCUGAGACGAGUGGAACUCUUUUCUUUGGCUCGGCAGGUGGCGAGAAAAUGUGCCUACACCUCCACACUAAAGCAUGCAAGGACAAAUGCAGAUGAGAACAGCUUACUGUCCCAGAAGAGAGCGAGACACGAGGUGAUUGUGCCUGAGAGUGUGUCAUCACUUCUCGGAGUCGAGGGCUCAGAGGGCUUGACCCAGAGGGCAGAUGAUGACAGCUUAUCUGCAGAAAGCCUCGACAGUGUGUCACACGAAAUCGGCUCACAGUGCAACCAGUCUCCAUCCCCCCGUCCCCACACUGACACCUCCAACCCUGCCAACUGGAGUCGCCAUCUCAUACAGCAAACGCUAAUGGAUGAAGGGCUGCGACUGGCUCGGAUGGUGUCACAUGAUCGGACUGGCAAGCUCAGCCUAGGUUCAGAAGGAACUCGCUCUGCAGACCUGGACAGUAAAGUGGAGAGACGAAGCUCAGUAACAGCGUGCAGGAGCAGUAGCCCUUGCAUCACCAAAGACGACUCGAAUCACCGUGGAAAAUGAAAAUGCCAACAGAUGUCAGGGAACUUGUUGUGCCACACAGCUUGUCCCUGAGCAGGCUUUUCUUUGUGUACCUGCAUUGAGAGUCUCAUCGACUUCAAAAUCAAUACAGCAAAUGUCAGAAUUUACCAGCCGACUGAUAUCACACACACCGGCAUUGACUUCUAAAUGCAAUUCAAAAUGAACUGAUCUGACUUUAUAUACAGUAAAUCUGUAGGGGAGACGCUUCUUUGCUUUAGUUUUUAAAUAUAUGAACCAGAUGUCCUGCAGAGUAGAGCUGAUGAGAAAAAAAAAAUAAGAGGAAAAAAAAUCUUCGAUUUGUUGAGAAGUGUGUUAAAAGCGUCACCUGUUUCAGAUGAAAUGGGCUCAACACAGCAGGGGGCACUGCUACUUUGGAAAUGGACUCUUUUAACUUUCUGCUCCAAUGGACUCUUUUAACUUUCUGCUCCAGUAACAUGGGGUAGUUGUAAAAAGGAAACGUGGUUUUGUAGGACAACUUGUACCUACAUUUCCAGCAAGAUGCAGUAUAAAAACAACAGCUCCUCACCCUCAGGAAACAAAUGGAUGUUCUGGUUUUUGAAGUCAGUGUGUUAGAUAUUCUUUAAAAUUUAAAGAUGAAGACAAGUAAACCCCACUCAGACGCAUUUGGCAUAAGUUGGAUUACACAAUCACGGCUGUCAGGUGUCAGAGGCCUUUUGUCCUUUGCUGCAUCAUCUAAUCACCUAUGAGAUCCGAACAGGCAUGCUGAGGUUUCUGACAUAUAAACACACAGUUCUUAAUCAUCCAAUCACGUCACAUCUUUCUGCCAUGAUGUUUUGCUCAAGCAGCUGAUAUGGUGUGUGUGAUAGAUAACACUUCAGGCUUCAUUAUAUUAUUAAUAAUGUGAAUAUUUACUCCAAACACCUUUUUUUAAGCUCACUGGCAUGAAACACAGAUGCUUUAUUGAUUUCCAGCCAGAGUUUCAGUUGCCUUUCUCUCCACAGUGAAAUCAGGGUCAGGGGUCAGCAAACGCAUCAUGCUCUAUGGGCCCUGCAGCAGGGAGGACUUUCCCGCUACCCCCCCUCAUCUUUACCUUAAUGUUGUCCCCAGUAAGGUGCCACUGUACAGCCUGUGAGGAAACUGCAUUCCAAACAACAUAGCAAGAUUUAGAAAAUUAAAAAAAAAAAAAAAAGAAAUUACCACAGCAUUUUUCAAAGAUGUGGUGAUU